AGGGAGUGGCUGCGGUGGGGAUUAGUUCCGGGAGCAGGAUGAUAGGCACAGACAAAGCCUGGAGGGAGUGAACUGACUGUGGGUGGAGAUUAGUUUUAGGGGUGGCCAAUGGUAGUGUAGGGUGUGAGAUAGGCUUGCUGUGUCCCAAGGAACAGGGAAUGGAAUUGCAGGGAUGGGAAUAUGGACGGGCAUUGGUAGUGUGGGGUGUGUGAGUCCUGUGGUCCUAGGGAAUGUAAGAUCAUCCCCAGGGGUGCUACUGCAGGUGACCCGCCUUGGACCAUGUAACAACACGGUCCGUGAAUGAAGCCGUGUAAGGAGAAUUCUGAUUGCUUGUGAAAAAACUCCAAGAGAACAGGACAAGAGUCCUUUGACCUCAGCCCUCCAAGUACAAAAUUGUUCUCGAAAUGUGCUUUCAUGCCCCUCCCAGAUUUAAUAAAUAGGAGUGGGUUUACUUCAGAUUAUUUUACUAUUCAGAUGAUGUUUCCAAGCUCGGGUUGUCCUCAUGACUGUAUGCAGCAGUGGUUCUUAACCGGGGGUUUGAAGGACCCUUUCACAUGGAUUGCCUAAAACCAUUGGAAGACACAGAUAUUUACAGUACGAUUCAUAACAGUAGCGAAAUUACAUGAAGUAGCAAGGAAAAUGAUUUUAUGAUUGGGGGUCACUACAACGUGAGGAACUGUAUUAAAGGAUUGCAUUAGGAAGGUUGAGAACUACUGGUAUACAGCCUAAAUGCAUGUGAACAUGCUUUGUCCUUGUGACUGUAUAAAGCUUGAAUUCAUAUGAACUUUGCUCAUAUGAUCCUGCUUAACCCUCAGAAUACCCUAUAAAUUGUUUGAUGCCCUGAAUAAAGUUGGCUAUUGCAUGAGACUUCAGUCUGCCUCAUUUUUAGGCUCCAUCCUCCCAGCCUCAUACGGCCACCAAGAGUGGUAACAGAUCACUCAACAGUAACCUUUCUUCAGUCUAUUCUCCAUGAUUAUACAGCCUACUAGAAGUACAUUGUACACAUUUCUCUGCAAUUUGCUUCUUGAAGGCCAACAUUAUUUAUAUUAAUUUUUUGACAAUUUUACACAUAUCUAUAUAAUGAAUUGUGGUAAAAUAAUUGCAGGUAUGAGCAGAAAACUUCAGCAUGAACACUGGGUAGGGAUAACAAAAAUUAUUCACCGUAUGACUCUAAUUGCUGGGGCUUUCUGGGAUGAAGGAGAAGGGUUAUUGUAUUUAGAGCAAGUGAUUGUUGUAGUUCUAAUGUUUUGAAGAAAUCCCAUGGUGACUACACUAUUUUCCAUUCUCAGAAACAGUGUAUAAAAUUUUCUUUACUCUGUAUCCUUAACAAUAUGUAUUUUUUUCUUUUCUUGAUGAAAGACAUACUAACUCCUGCUAUACUAUUGGGUAUUUACUAUAAAGAAUCAGUCAGUGUUCUAGUUUGCUUUCAACUGCUGUGAUAGAACAUUCUGACAAGAAAGCCACUCGAGGAAGAAAGGAUUUAUUUAGCUUACACAUCCUGAUCUCAGUCCAUCACUGAGAGAAGUCUGGGCAGGAAUAAAACAGGAGAUAUGGAGGAACACUGUCUUUGUCCCUUAGGUAGCUCACACUUUCAUACAACCUAAGAGUUCCUGUCCAGGGUGGCACUGCCCACAGUGGUAUGGGUUCUCCCACGUCAAUCACAAGUAUUAAAGUGCCCCACAGCCUUGUCUCCAUGCCAAUCUGAUGGAGACAUUUUCUCAGGUGAGGUUUUAUCUUCACAGAUGGCUCUAGCUUGUGCCAAUUUGACAAAAACUACACAAGCUUGCUACAUAUUAUAUACCUACAUACUCAUGUUUGUUACCUCAUUCUUCACAGUAGCUAUGGUACAACCAGCCUGUGUACCCAUUAGCAGAGGAAUGGAUAAAAUGUGGUAAAUAGAUACAGUGGGACUCUAUCCAGCCAUAAAGAAUAUGUCAUUUGCAGAAAAGAAUGGACAAGGGUCACUAUACUAAAUAAUCAUAGUGAAUGAAAUGAAAUAAACUAGUCUCCAAAGAAAAAUAUUACAUGUUUUCUGUCAUACAUGGAAUCUGGGGGAAAAAUAUAGUAGGGAAUAUCAUAAACCCACUCCUUUGUGCAAUUAACAUGUUAAUUUAAAAGAACAUUUUAUUUAUUGUGUGUGUCUGCAUGCAGACAUCAAAGGACAUUCCUCAGGAGUCAGUUCUCUCCUUCUACCAUAUGGGUCCUAGGCAUAGAAUUUAUGUUGUCAGGCUUGGAAUCAAGCACCCUGACCCACUGAGCUAUCUUUCAGGCCCAAUAUAUACUAAUUUGAUAAUAUAGGCUUUUUAUGCAAGACACAAAUCCUAGGCUGUGUUGGGAGUCAUUGCCUUAACCUUGUUGCAUACAGAUGUUUGACAUUCUGUGUUCCCUUGGCUGAAGUGGAUUUAUCUUGAAUUUAAUCUAUUCUCAGGAAUGAAAACAAGGACCACAAUGUUGAGUGUGAGCAGCAGGGCUGACUGGAGCCAGGAUGUCAACUUCAGUUCCCAGGCACAGAUGGAGUUCUGUUCCUGGUUCCAUGUCUGCUGCAAUCAUCUGUGUGCUGUGGGAUGUUCUGCAAGUGACCAGCAGCUCUCAGUGGACACUAUGCAGGGCCCAGAGUGGGCAAUGAGUCGCCAGCACUCUCAGCCUGUAGAGUGUAAAAUUAUGUGUGGCUGGAAUAGGAACCAGCCUUAAAAAGCAAAGGAAUUCUGACAUAUAGUACAACAUGAUUGAAAAUAUUUGUUGAUCAAGGUAUGCCAGUCAUAACAGAUAAAUGCUCUCUGUUUCUACAUACAGCUAUCCCUAGUGUAGUCAAAUUUAUAGAAGUAGAAAAUAGAACAGUAGAUGCCCUGGCCUGGGAAGAGGGAUAAAGAGUUAGUGGGUAGCAGGAAAAGAAUUUCUGUUUCCGAAGUGACAGUUCUUGAGAUGAACGGUGGCGAUGGCUGCACAACAGUAUGAAGGUCAUCAAUACCACCGGGCCAGGCACUGAAGAAUGGGUCAGAAGGUCUGUUUUAUGCUUUGUAUAUGAUACUUUUUAAAGCAAAAGAUUAUGAUCGGUAGCUACCCUGAGAUUGUUUUCUUUCUCUGUUCAUCUGAAUGUCCUUCCUCUUCCUCUACCUCUUCCUUCUUUACCUGCUCCUCUUCCUCCUCAGUCUCCAUCUUCUUUCCUCCCUUUCCGUUUACAUUUCGGUUUUCAUUUCUUCCUCUGUUAUUUAUUUCUCAAUGACUGUCUAUUCUCUCUUUGUCUCUCUUUCUUCCCUUGGCAUUUGUUUCUCUCAUCUGUUUUCUAUCUCACACCUCCCCCCCCCCAAUUAUACUGCCAUAUUAUUUCCUUUCUGUUAGAAAAUCCCAGUUUCUGUCCUUGUUUCUGUACCCUGUAUCCUUUGUGCCACCAGAGAGAGAAUUAUCUUCAAAGCUGGUGGGCCAUAUAAGCUAUAGGAAUUAAGGCAAGGACUAGGAUUUCAUGACAGAGAAUACAUCAAGACAUCACAUUCCACUUCACAAAUAUAUUUAAUUCUCAAAAAUUUAAAAAGACAUAAAAAUGAUAAAAUUUAUCAACAACCUGAAGCAUUAUAUAGACACAAAAGUUAUUAUAUACUAUGCCCCCAAAUUAAUAUUUUUAUGUAAGUUAAAUUUGUUUUUAGUUAAUAUAACAAGUUUUAUAUUAUUUAUAGAAUAAUUUAUUAGUUACAUUUGCAUAACUAGGAUUAAAAUAUCAUAGAAAUGAUUUAAGGCAGGGAAAGUUUACUUAGCUACAGUUUCACAAUGUUACCAUCUAUCCUGGUAGGAUUCUUGGCUUUGGGAUUGGGAGACAGCAGUUGUAUGCAUGUGGGCAGACUAGGAAGCAGAGACAGGUGAUCUGGAACCAGAGGUGGUUACAAUGUUCACAUUGCCUAUUCCUAGUGAUUUCCUUCUGCUAUCAAGGACCCUCUUGCUAAAGGCUCUAUGCCUUCCAAAUACUGCCAUAAGCUGGGGACUGAGAAUUCAAAACAUAAGCCUGUGGGGGACAGUUCGGAUUCAAGCCAUAGCAGGAACCAUGUGACCCUUGAUGUUUUGAUAUGUGUGUGCAUUGUAAAAUGUUGAAAUCUGGUUAAAUAUACUAAUCUUAAAGACAUUAUUUGUUUAUCCUGAAAAUAUAAAGACCUAUCAAAUUUUUUAUUCAUAGCCAUUAUUGUUUCUAUAGUUAUUUACAUUUUUUUAAAAAAAUACAUUCUAGAAAUUGUUUGUUAGUAGCACAUAUCAAUGUAUGAAUUGUAUCAGAAGUAAUGCUGUGUAUUCAUGAUAUUUAUAAUUAUGCUACAUGUGAUAAUUCAUUUGAGAGGCUGAGGCUGAGACAGGAGGAUUGUGAGUUUCAGGCCAGCCUGGGCUAUACAGCAAUUUGAAGGCUAACAAGGAUUAUGUGGAGCCAGAACCUGUCUCCAAAAAAAAAAAAAAAAAAAAAAAAAAAUGCUCCCUACCUAGAGAUUGUGUGAAAAGUUCCUUUUGGAUCUAAUAACAAAGGGUCAUUGUGACUUUUUCAAGGGAAGGAGCCACAGAAUGAUGACAACAUACAAAGGUUCCAAAUAGUCUGAGGAGCUGCUUGGAGGUAUCAUAAGGCUGGCAGUCUUCCAAACUUGAAGUUUUACAAGGCAGGAUUAAGAAAGGAGUCAGAUGGGCAAGACUUCACAGAGGAAGCAAUGUGACUGUGAGAACCUAUCAAAGCCAAAGCCUUGUUUAAACACCUCAAUCCCCUUGAGAAUGUCUAGUUAUACAUUCAAGAGGCCAGUCACUAGAAUCACAUCCCAUCCUGGCAAUGAGGUAAGAUAUCAUCAUUGGGAGGAGAGCCUGGACAAGCCCCAACAAGCCUGCUGGCAGAAGAGACUGCAAGGACUCCAGGCCUACAGCAGUGCAGGAGAACUUUUGACCACUUCAGAUCUAGCCAAAGCUUUGCAAGACCUUACACCCAGAGGCACAGAUGUAUCUGUUACAGAGACUCAAGCCAACAGCAUUGGCUCUAGGCCCAUGACCACCCAUGAGUCAUCUUUACAUUUGGCAGAGAUGAUUCCAGAAACAAGUAUCCCACAGAUCCUUUGCAAUCAAAUUCUCGUCACCGAAGAAGAUAUUAGCAAGCAGGAAAAGAAAGUGAAAAUAGCAAGAGAAAGACUGGCAGUUGCAUUGAUUGAACACAGGCUAGCAAAUGAGGCAGAGAAAGUGAGGGGGUCAAGGAGGGCAAACUUAUAAACAGGGAAGGGAAGCUGGGGAGAAGAUACUGCAGAUGAAAUGCAGAAUUGUUUUAACACUUCUCUGCGGUGUCUUUUGUUGUUUUUUUUGAGACCUUGAAACUUUAAACUUGACAAUCUUUAUUAAAAUUCUUCAUGCAAUGCAAAAAAAUAAAUACAAAUGAUAAUUUCUUUCUUUCUCUUACUCUACCCACCUCUUUCUCUAUGUUGAAGAUCAAACUGAACUUCCCACUCAUACCAGGUAAAUGCUCUACCAUAGAACCAUAUCAUCCUGCCAGUAAUUUUUAUUUUUUAAAAUUAUUUUAGGGGCUGGAGAGAUGACUCUGUGAUUAGGAGCACUUGCUGCUUUCCAGAGGACCCAAGUUUAAUUCCCAGUAUCUACAUAGCAGUUUACAACAAGGGGAUUGAAUACUGUCUUCUGGUCCCCAAAGACACUAGGUACAUACACAUGAUACAUAGGCAUACAUGGAGGCAUAAACAUAACAAAUUACUUUUAAUUAUGUGUGUCUGUGUAUUGCUAUGUGCACAUGAGAACAGGGCAUGAAGAGGCUGUAAGAGGGCAUUGUAUUCCCUGGAGUUGUAGUUAUAGGCAGUUGGGAGCCAUCAUAUGCUGGUAUUGGGAACCAAACUUGGACCCUCUGGGAGAGUGCUCUCAAGUAUUGAACCAUCUUUUAGCCCCAGUAAAUUAUUUUAGAGAUGAGAAAUUGAGUUUGAGAUGAGAAAAGAUUUUUUCUUUUGCUUUUUAUAGUCCUAUAUUCAUUCACUGUUUUAUUUUGUUUUUGUAUAUGAGUGUUUUACCUGCAUGUAUGUCUAUGAACAGUGUGUGGGGUUGGUGGCCGUGGAAGCCAAAGAGGGUAUUAGAUCUCCUGGAACUGGAGUUAUAGACAGUUGGAAGUUGUCAUUCAGGUUUUGGGAACCAAACCCAGGUCCUCUGGAAGAGCACCAAGUACUUCUUAAAUUCCAACCCAUCAUUUUCCAGUUACUUCACAUUCUUUUUUUUUUUUUUUUUUUUUUUGGUUUUUCGAGACAGGGUUUCUCUGUGUCAUUUUGGUGCCUGUCCUGAAUUUACCUCACAUUCUUAUAUUUUACCUACAAUGUUUUAAAAACUAUUGUGGCUUCUGAUAGUCUUAGAAGGCACAAUCUCACAGCAAACUCCCUGUUUUCAUUUUGUUUUGUUUUGUUUGUUUGUUUGUUUCGGCUUUAUAAUCUUUCUGCCCCUUCUUAGCAAUGAUCCCUAACCCUUAAUUUCAGGAGUUGUGUUGUAUGUGUAUCCCUUGGGACUGGACUCCACAACUCUCUGUCUUGAUUGGUUGUGGUUUUCUGUAAUGGUGUCUGACUGUUGUAAAAAGAGGUUUCCUUGAUGCAGGUGAGGAUGAUACUUACCUGUGUAAAGAUAUAUAAUACAGUGUUUUGAUAUGCAUAUAUAAUAAAAUGAUUUUUACAGAUUAACAGC